AUGGUUGUUGAAGGACGCGCUAAGGCCAAAACGCAGCCGAAUAGAAAGUCACCGGUUGCAAAUAUCUCAAACAUCAGUUCAUUGAAACGGUUCCCUGAUAAAGACUAUGCCCUAGAUCUUUUACACCAAAUGGCCGUGGCCGUGGGGCCUAUUAUCAACCACUAUAACUUUAAAGUGGGUAUGCUUUGCGAGAUGUCGCCGAAGAGCCCAAACCUUUUGGGACUAAAUGUGAAUAAGGGCCAGAAGAUAUUGAUUAGACUACGAACCCCUUACAAUGAGAAACUGUUCUUCCCAAUGUCAGACCUAAUAGGAACGUUUCUUCACGAGUUGACACAUAAUGUUCACGGUCCACAUGAUGCUAAAUUUUAUGCUCUACUAGAUGAACUACGGAACAAGUAUGAAACUGCGUUCUCUUCUGGAUCAUAUGUUUGUGAAGAGAACAAGUUGGGUGGCGCCUACGUGCCUCCAUGGCUGCUGAGCGUUACGGUUAGGCAAAAGAGACUUGAUGCUGUUUCGAAGAUGAAGUACAAGUCUGAGACGAGACGCCUUGGUGGUCCUUUGAAGACCCAGCGUCCUACGGACCUUAAAGCUGCGAUGGCUGAAGCAGCAGAAAGACGUUUGAAAGAUUCAAAAUGGUGUGGAGGAGAGAUAGAUGAAGAGGCGUUGGGGCUUGCUGGUCAAGACUCAGAUACUCCUUCUGAGAAGCUAAAAGAGUAUAAGGAUGUUAUUGACUUGACCAAUGAUGAAUCGGAAAUCAAGCAGGAUAAACAACCAGAAGUCAUUGUGAUUGAUGCGUGUGAGUCUUCUACAGGUAAAUCAUCUACUCCUUCAUCACCAAGGACCCUUGCACUGUCUGUUAGUGAAACGACUUUCGAUGUGAAACUACCGUCAACCCAGAGCGCAAUUUCAUUCACCACGUUUGUUCCAUUCAGAAGAUCCCUGUCCAUCUCGCUGAGUCCUCCGCUGUCUCUGUCUCCAGGUAAGCUCUUCAUCGGAGAAGACGGACUUUAUCCUCGGCUCAAGCUCGUUGCAGAUAUUGAUUUUGACCAUAUUAUUGAAUGGUCCGAGAUCACCGAUACGAAGAGAAGCAAGACCAAGAGCAAGAAAUCUACACUGAAAGUCAGCAAAUCCACCAAGAAGAGUAAGAAAGCUUCACCUAGAAAAAAGAAGAAGGAAGUGAGACCAAUAAGCUUCUCGGAACUUCUCGAAUACCAAACCAAAGUCAAGCUAGGCAAAUAA